CAUUUGAUGCGUUUUCGCCUCUGUUUUCAAAUAUCUCCGGCGCAGUGUGGGCGGGGCAUUAGUUGCUUUGGUAGUUUAUAAUAGAAAUGUACGUGACGUGUGCAUUGUAACAAACCAUGGCCGUUUGCCGAACUACACAACGAACUGGUAAGUUCGUUUUAUGUAUGACCAGGAGCGCAUGAACUCCUAGCAUGACCAUAAACCAUGUCUGUAUCCCGCCGAACUUCACAACUCAGCGAGUGAAGAAAAUAUGUAUAAAGAUCGCUGAAUGGGUUCGAACCCCAUCAGUUCAAGCCUGAAAUUUUUUCAGGCGUUAUUUCCACAACAAUGACUAUAAUCCCUUAUAAAAUGGUAAUGCUUUUUCCUCGAUCUGUUUCAAGCCAUUUGUACAAUUCCUUCAUGAGUAUGGCAUAUCAUGGUAUCAAGAAUUUGGCGCGAAAAUAAUGGAAAUUAAGGUCGUAAACAGGACUCGGAAAUUAACGUUGACAAAAAUUUCUACGAUCGCGACUUAAAUUUACGCAAAUUUUUAGAAUUCGCGUUAAUUUCAUGAAACUUUAAUUUCCUGUAAUGAGUUAGUCUCGAGCCAAGUUUAACAGACUCAUCUUCUCCUUGAAGCUCACUACCCGUGGCGUCCUGUGAUGACCUUUUAUAUAUAUUUGUAGUCAUGCGAUCGGACCUUAAAUGACACUGAUAUCUGCCCCCUUCAAAGGCUUUUCCAAACGAUACCUGAAUGAGAGCUGUUUCGAGAAAGAUUCUCGCACAGAAGCCCAAAAGCGUACUUUGUAGUAUCGUAAGGUAUUAUGGGCAUUGUUAGCUCACGUGUUAUGGCGUUCAACAUUAGUUCCCAGGCCUAGGCCAGCUCCUCCCUUCUGAGGUUGCGUAACGUUAACGUUAUGCAUCCAUAUAUAGUCAUGCGUUGGACAUGCCACUGUGAUGCCUGACAACCAGAAAUUUCCAUGUUGUUGAUGCACUGUGGGCUUAUUAUGAAGUCUGGUGACCUCGGCAGAUUCUUAGAAAUUUGUGUCUGAUCUCGUUGCUUCGAUUUCCGAGAAUUCUGCAACAUUUGCGUCUGUCCUUAAGAAGAAGAAGUAUCUAACAGAAAUGUCUUCCAUCUUCGAUUCAUCGCAAGAAAAAACGAACGGCUCUAGAUUGGCGCGAUUGCUAAUUGACGGAGGAACAGAAGCCCUGAGGAAAGUUUUUCAUUCCUUUAUUCCGUCUUCAGCUUUACAAACAGUAUUAAAUAACAACUUGGCUUCGCUUGAGAACUUGAAGAAGAGAGGGAAAAUAUUCGAUGGCCAGUGGGAACAACUGUUUCCUUCUACAGGCGACCCACCAGACUCGAAAACAUUCGACAUUACGCUUUUGCAUUUAUUGCUCCGUGUAAUUUGCCGUUUAACUGAGCCCGUGACAGGAUGGAACACAAUGCCUGUGGAAACCGAUGCUAGUCGUGAAGCAAACAUCGUCCGAAUUAAAUGCUCCCGUAAUGAUUUGUGCCAUAGUAUUUCUACCGACAUUCCUGAUGUAGAAUUCGAAGACAGGUGGAACAAAAUUUCUCAGUCUCUUGUAGCCCUAGGGCUUGAUCAACAGGAAAUAGAUCGUCUGAAGACGGACCCCAUUGAUCACGACACCAAGCGACGAGUGGACGAAGAAGUAGGCAAAUGGAAACUUGAUUUUGAACCAAGAGUACAGACCUUAGAGCAGGAAGUUCAGCAACUGAAAAUGCACAUUCAGGCGCCUAUUUCAGGGCAUACUGCUCCUUGUGAGUUCUCCAGCUGUCUUCCAGAUGAGGUUCGAGAUGUGUUUGGUCGUUCAAAAGAAAUUCAACAAGUAGUAGAAGCUGUCCAAAGUGGAACAGUCUCCAUUGCUGUCAUAACUGGUGGGCCGGGCUUUGGGAAGACGACUGUGGCAAACAAAGUGGCUCACGAGCUUGCCAAAUCCGAAGACUGUAGGAGUGUUUUGUGUUGCUCUCUUGCAUCCAAAACAACAUUGAAAGAUAUAGCCACAACAAUGAUUCUUACCUGCAGUAAAAGCCACUCUCAACCGCCAGAGAAUCCUCAACAUUGGCUUCUAGACUGGAGCAAACAACUAAUGAAGAAAGUGACAUUCGUUUUGGACAAUGCAGAUGAUAUCGUUGAGUCUGGUAGUCGAGUUCAAUUUGUCAAUAUGUUACGGGAAAUGAGAUCCUUAUCAAAUCACAAUUUGACAUUUGUGAUUACCACGAGAAAAACGGUCAGUGCUCCUAAUUAUGAUUUUGAAAUCAUGAACAUUAGACUGGCUUGUUUGUCUCCUGAUGAGGCGUCGAAUCUUCUUCUUUCAAAGGUCCAGAGCAAAGAAACUAGACAGAAACUCUCUCAGACGGCUAAAAUCGUCACAUUAUGUGGCUCUGUGCCCCUGGCUCUCUGCAUUGUUGGUUCACUGCUUUCGGACUACAAAGAAGACAGAUUAAUCAAAAGUCUUGAAAAGGAGCCUUUAGUGGUCCUUCAAGAUGAUGAAAUGUCCCUUGAAAAGGCAAUCAAGACUUCCUUUGAUCUCCUUAACAAAGCAGAACAAGAAGCACUGACCAUUAUGUCCGUAUUUCCGGGUUCUUUCGAUUCUGAUGCUGCCGAAGCUGUAAUUACAGCAGGAGUGGAUACUGCAGCUCAGCCAGUUCUACGGACUCUUCGCUCGCUGAAAAACAGGUCUCUUUUGGAGCAGCCAAGUUCAUGUAGAUAUGAAGUCCAUCAGCUUAUACAAGCAUUCGUAAAGAAGGUUAGUCAAGACAGGUACUCCAGAGAGAUUGUUCCAGCAGAACAAAUGGCCUGUGCUCACUUUAUUUCCCGUCUUGCUGACAAUGCUGAUAUGUACUGGAGUGAAGACAAGUGCAAAGAAUCUGUUGAGGCCUUCAAUGUAGACAGGCACAACUUUGAAUACUUUCUGCACUUGUAUGUCCACGCGAUGGAGAAACGGGAUGUGGAUUGCCUACAAUCAUCUACUAGUAGGUUUCUUGACAAUUUUCCGCAAAAAUGUAUGUAUUUAGAAAUGUGUCUUCUGCCAAACUUUUACAUUAUGAUUUUGGAAAAGCUCUUGAAUCAGUUUCAGUCGGAAAGACAACCCGUCCAAAAAGUUGACCUUUUGUGUCUUCUUGCAAAUGAAAAGAGAAAGGUAGGCAACCAAACACAGUACAAAGUUCUCAUAAAGCAGGCGCAACAUGUUUAUGCCAGGAGGUAUACUGAAUUUAGAACAAACGGUUUGUCUCAAGUUCAUUUUUUCAAUUCAUAUGCACGCUAUCUCAAGGAAAGAAGGCUAUCGAGAGAACUACUCAACAAAGCUUAUGAAAUAGCUCUAAUUUUGUGUCGAAAAAAGCUAAAUGAACAACAUCCUGAAACUGCAGCAACUUUGCUGUUCAUCGGUCGACGUCAGAAAAGUUUGCCUCAACUUCAGGAAGCACUGAAGCUGUUCAAACGGUCCCUUGGGGAACAUUUCAUGACUGCUCAAGGCCAUAAAGCCAUUGCCGACUUCUACUUCGUCCAUGGAACUGACAAGAACUCAACUGAUGAAGACAAAGUCCUAUGUAUAGACAAAUCCUCAGAGCACUACAAAGAAGCUUUGACCAUGAUGGAAAAACUCGGUAUGGGAUGCCACAAAGAGAGCAUUUUGACGCUAAAAAACUACGGACUUUGUCACAAAGAGAAACAGGACUUUGAAGAAGCAAUUAAUUUGCUACUAAAAGCGAAACGAGUCGCUGACAUUGAGUUAGAAGAUGAUCAUAAAUGGAAAGUGAUGAUCGAAACUCAGCUGGCUGUCUUGUACCAUUGCGUUGGAAGAGCUGAAAAAGCGAAAGAAGUCAUGAAGAAAGGACUCGAGAUGAAUAAAAAACUUGGACGGUAUUUAAGUCAACUGGCGAACAAAUUUGAAAUUAGACAAUUUCUUAAGUGUUACCCAGGCGCACUUCUCUGAAAUCAUUUGUUUGUAGAAAGAGUUGACAUUCAAAAUCGUCAAAAUUUAGAUGAUUGCUGUAACAAUAGGAAAUGAAAAAGUUUAAUAGCAAGAAUGUGCUACUUUCCUCCUUUCUUCGAUCUCCUUUCAAAACGCUUACAGACAAUCAAAAUGUCUUCUGUGCGUUUAACUUAAUCGCGGCAUGUUGAUACACAAUUAUAUGCUGUUGUGAAGUCGCA